AUGUGGGCGGCAACCUCAGGCAAUUGGACCGCCCUCGGGGUGGCAAUGCUCGCCGUCCUCCUCUUCUGGACCAUAUCCGCAACCACCUCCUUCUCCCCCUUCACCCGCGCCCUGCCUCGCCUGCACAACAAGCGCAUCUGCCUCCUGAUCGCGCACCCCGACGACGAGGCCAUGUUCUUCGCGCCCACAGUGCUAGCCCUCACCAGGCCGGAGCUGGGCAAUCACCUCAAGAUCCUGUGCUUCAGCACCGGCAACGCCGCCGGCCUCGGCGAGACGCGCAAAAAGGAGCUCCAGAAGAGCGCGAUGCAGCUGGGUCUGCGCGAGGAGUCGGAUGUUUUCAUUGUGGAUGACCCCGAACGCUUUCCGGAUAGCAUGCAGGCGCAAUGGUCGGAGACGGAGAUUGCCUCGUUGUUGGCGUCGGCGUUCGCGCCGGAUUUGAAGUCGAAUGGCUCGUCUGCUACUGCUACCACUACCGCCAUCACCACAUCCUCUUCCUCCAAACAGAGGAAGCACAAAUCACAGCAGGCUGCGCAACAACCGAAGCAACCGCAGCACUCCCAACUCCACGACGGUCCCGCAGCAGCGACCAUCGACGUACUCCUCACCUUCGACCAACACGGCGUGAGCAACCACCCCAACCACCGAUCCCUCUACCACGGCGCAGUCCGCUUCCUGCGCGAGCUCAUGAAAGACAAAGCCGGCUACAGCUGUCCUGUGACGCUAUACACGCUCACCUCGACGUCAAUCCUCCGCAAGUAUGCCGGCGUGCUCGACGCCCCGGUCACCAUGGCCCUGGGCGCGUGGAGCAAUGUCGCUUCGUGGUUUUCAUCCGCCAAGUCCAAGUCCAAGUCCGCCUCGGAUGCGGGGCCCGUCCGGCUGCUGUUCGUCAGCUCGAUCGGCGAGUGGAUGACCGCCCAGUCGGCGAUGGUCAAGGGCCAUGCGAGCCAGAUGGUCUGGUUCCGAUGGGGGUGGAUCACUAUCGGGCGAUAUAUGACUGUCAAUGACUUGAAGCGCGAGAAAGUCUAG